AUGGCACCGUUAUAUGAAGAAGCGGGUAUUAUUCUGGAUGAUGUGUCGGGAGUCAUUUUAUUUUAUGAAGAUGUAAUUAACGAAAUGAAAGGUUCUUAUAAUAGUCUAUAUGAUAAUAUGAUAUUAUUAAAAAAUAAAAUGGAAAAUAUAAAAGAACAAAAUAAAAUAAUUAUAAAAGAAAAUGAUUCUAAGGAAAAAUAUUUUAAUAGUAGUAAUAUGUUAAAUGAUAUAUUAUGUAACAAAUUGGGUUCAAUUAAUAUGACGACGGAGAAUAGGAAUAAUGAAGGUGUCAACGAUAGGAAAAAUAAUAAUAAUGACGAUGAUAAUAAUAAUGAUCAUAAUGAUGAUUAUAAUGAUGAUAAUAAUAAUGAUUAUAAUGAUGAUAUUAAUAAUGAUCAUCAUAAUAAUGAUUAUAAUGAUGAUAAUAAUAAUGAUUAUAAUGAUCAUCAUAAUAAUGAUUAUAAUAAUGAUUAUUAUUAUAAUAACAUUUUAUCUUUUCAAAAUAAGCCCCUUUGUUAUAAUAACCAAUUAAAGAAGGAUAAUAGUAAAAUUAUAAAAUUAGAUGAAAAUAUUUUUAAUAUUUUAAAAGAGGAAAAUGAAAUGGGUUCUAUUAAUGGUAAGGAUAUAAAUACGGAAACAUCAAAAGACGAAACAUCAAAAGACGAAACAUCCAAUAUAAAUAUGAAUGAUAUAUAUAGUGAUAACUUCUUAAAUGUCGACAGUUCUAUAAAUUCAAACAAAGUAAGUCCUAUAAUAUUAUCCGAUGAAAAUAAGAAACUGUCAAAUUUUUUAAAAGAAAAAAAAAGAGAAUACCAAAAAAUUAUAUCAAGUAAUAAAAAGGAGGAUGUGCUUAAUAUUCUGAGUGACAUAAAUAAUGAAGACAGCACACAAAAACAAAUGAAUAAUAAUAAUAAUAAUAAUAGUAAUAGUAAUAAUAAUAAUAAUAAUAAUAGUAAUAGUAAUAGUAAUAGUAAUAGUAAUAGUAAUAGUAAUAGUAAUAGUAAUUUAUAUGUUUAUGAUAAUAAUAAAUUUGUUCCUCCGUGUACAAAAGGACAAAAUAUAAAUGGAACACAUAUGUUUACACAAGAAGAUAAUAACAAAAAAGAUGAAAAGAAAUAUGGUAUUCAUUAUUCUAUAAAGAAGAAUACCAAAAUAUACAGAGAAGAUAUGAAGAAUUAUAAAAAGUCAACUAAUAGUAAGAAUAAUUCUUUCUUACAUGAUAAUAAAAUAAAGAAAAAGAAAAAGAAAAAAAUAAAUAAUAAUAAUAAUAAUAAUAAUAAUAAUAUGAAUAAAGAUAUUUAUAAUAAUAUGAAUAAAAAUAUUUAUAAUAAUAUGAAUAAAGAUAUUUAUAAUAAUAUGAAUAAAAAUAUUUAUAAUAAUAUGAAAAACCAAAUGAAGGAAAUUUUUAAUUUUAUUUAUAAGAUAGACCCAAAAAAAAACCAUUUUACAAAUUUUAUGAAUAACAUAUAUAACAAUAAACAAAUAAAUAAUUGUUGUGAAGAUCAUUUCCCUUUUUUUUUACUACCAAAAGAAGAUAGCAUGAUAUUAGAAAACAUGGAAUUAUAUUUAUCAUCAAAGUAUAAUAAAGAAAGUUCCCAUAAAAGCUGUAACCCUACUAAUAAUAUACAAGAAUACAAUAAUAAAUACAUAAAUGAUGAGAAUGAUAUAGAUAAUUUAACAAACAUACAAGAUAGUAUUUCAUCCUUUGGAAAAAAAUUAAAUAAUAUUAACGAGAGUAAUGAAACCAUAAGAAAUUAUAGUAUAAACAAUUUAUGUAAAAUUAUGAAUGAAGAUAACCAUAAAGGAUUUAAUAAAAAUUCGUUUACAUAUAAAAAUAAAAAUAUAAAUAAAAAUAUAAAUAAAAAUAUAAAUAAAAAUAUAAAUAAAAAUAUAAAUAAAAAUAUAAACGAUAUAGGGAAAAAUAAUAUGAAUAUACAUAAUUCCAAUGUAUAUGAAAAUAAAUAUGAAAUGCAUUUUGAUGAUAUAAAUGAAAAAUUACGUAUUCCAAAUAAAAGGUAUAUAUCUUUAAAUGAUGAUGAUUCUAGUUAUAAGAAAAAAAAACAGAGAACAAAAAACAAAAAAAAAAUACAGAAUAAUUCUAAUAUAUCUAAUAAUAUAUAUACCUCAUCAUCUGUAGGUUGUCCAUAUUGCACAUGUAUUACUCAUAAAAAUAUAUCUAUGACAAGAGGAAAAACCUAUUCUUAUUAUUCCGAUGAAGCAAAUCAACAUACAGAUAAUUUGAUUAAAAUUAUCAAUCCAAAAACUAUCAUGAGAAAUAAAUUGAUUUCUAAUUUUAUAGACAUUGAUAAGAACCCUAUUUUUGUGCCUGCAUAUAAUCAACGUUAUCGAGUUUUGUCAAGCGUUGAGGAAGUACAACUAAAAGAAAAAAAAAAAAAUAAUAAAAAAAGGAAAAAAACAAAAAAAAUAAAAAUAAAAAAAAAAACAAAAAAAAUAAAAAUAAAAAAAAAAAUAAAAAAAAUAAAAAAAAUAAAUAAUGGAACAGUCAAGUUAACCUUUGAUGAAAAUGUAAAUAAGACAUCAUUCGAGAAAGAUAAGGAAAACAUAUUAAAUGAUACAAUAAUAAAUAACAACAACAACAAUAAUAAUAAUAAUAAUAAUAAUAAUAAUAGUAAUAGUAAUAGUAAUAAUAAUUGUAAUUAUUUAUGUAUGGAUACUAUUAUGAGCACAAGUCAUAAUUCAUCUUCAUGUAAUGAUUCCGAUUUAAAAAGAUGCGAUAAAAAAAAUGAUCAUGUAACAGACACUAUUAAAAAUAAUAAGAACGAUAAAGAACUCUGUAAAAAUAAAAAUAAAAAUGUGCUAUGUAAUAAAAAAGAUAGAAAUGAAAAUAAAAUGACAACAGAAGGAAUAAAGGAUGAUAGUAAUAUAGAAAAAAAAAGGAAAAGAGGAAACCAUCAAAAAUAUGAUGAAGUUGGAAAUGAUAUAAAUCAAAAGAAAAGAAAAGAUAAGGAAAGUUUAUUAUAUGUUAAUAAUGAUAAUGAUCCAAUUAAUGAUAUAAUAUUGAAUGAUGUACAUCAUAUCAAGAAAUAUGAAUUAAGAAGACAAAAAAAAAUAACAUAUAUUUUACCAUCAUUAAAUAAAAAAUUAAGAAGAGAUAGCUGCCGAUUAAUAUUUGAUCCCUUUGGGUACAAUAAUACAUGGAAAAUUAAAACAACUUAA